AUGGCGGACGAGGGCGAGCCGGCGCCUCCAAUUGGCGGCCCGAAAUCGCGGGUAACGACCUCCCGGCGCCCGCCCCUCGACAUCUCCAGCCUGCACGUCGACGUCAACCGCCCCGCCGCCGUCAUCUCCAUUGGCACCAAGAUAAUCCGGAGCGGCUACUCGGGCGAAUUCGAGCCCCGCGUGCAAGCGCUCACGGAAAGCCUCCUCCCCGGCGACGACCUCGAAACGAUUACGACAUGUAAAGACGCAGCCGAGGCCAUCGUGGCCCGUCUCUUCAACACAAUCUUCCAUCGACAUCUUCUUUUGCUCCCCAAGGGCACCAAGGUGGUGAUCGUCGAGUCGCUGUUCGCCCCCACAAAGCUCAGGGAUCUCUACUGUCGCGUGCUGAUCGAGCAGCUCCAGGUGGCACAGGUCUCCUUCCUCCCGUCAGCCCUCACCGCCACCUUCCCGUUCAACGUCAAAAACGCGCUGGUCGUCGAGCUGGGCGCAUCGGGACUCCUCGUCACCCCCAUCCACACCGGCACCACCCUCAUCAACCAGGCCAUCUACAGCCCGCGCGGCUACGCCUCGGUCGUCGAAAAAGUGCGCCAUCAGCUCGGCAAGCACGCCCGGAUACGCCUCGCCGACGGCCAGCUACGCGCCACAACUGAUGACGACUGGGCAACCGAUUACGCGAGGGAAACGGCCGACCGGUUCGCCCAUGAGCACUCGUUUUGUACGAGUUUCGAGAGGGCGAGAAGCCUCGAAAAUCCCGAUACCCUGCAGCCGCAGCUGCCCGAGUUGGCGCUCGAUUUUGGCCCUCACAAAUUGCUGGUGCCCGGCUGGCUACGCGAAACCGGCUACGAGGUGUUAUUCGAGGAGUGCGACGGAAACGAGACAAUCCCCCUCCACAAGGCCAUCCACCAGACGAUACGCAACUGCCCCAUCGACAUCCGGGCCACGCUGCUCGAGAACAUUUUGGUAUGCGGCGGUAUGGGCCACGUGCGUGGACUGUACGCACGACUACGCGACGAGGUGACGGCCAUCAAUGCGCAGUCGGGCACCCUCCCGAAUGCCCACCCGAAGUUCCAUCGUUUCGAUGAGGCACGCGUCGAGGCGUUGUUGCCCUGGAUCGGCGCGUCCAUGCUGGCAGAUUGUGACUAUGGCCUCAAGAAUCGGUCAAUCUCCGACGAGCAAUGGGGCCAGUUGAAGCACGUGCCCGACUGGCCCGAUCACAUGAUGGUCGAACGCGGGCCA